AUGGAUAUCCGUGCCGGCAUAGAUUUUGAAUUGUCAAGCGAGUCACUUUUUCUUCCUAGGAGUAUCUGUGAUAAAUAUGCCGAAAUCGGAAUUACAUCAGUUUUUCCUUGGCAGGCUGCAUGUUUGAAAUUGCCAGGUGUUCUUGACGGGACUAGAAAUCUCGUUUAUUGUGCUCCUACAAGUGCAGGCAAGACUCUAGUGGCGGAAUUGAUUACUCUGAAGCGCAUCUUGGCCACUAAUAAGAAGGCUAUAAUUAUAUUGCCCUACGUUUCUGUAUCAAGGGAGAAAAUGGUUUCGUUGCAGACCCGAAUCUUAAGGGAGAGUAUUUGCCAGCAUAUUUUUGAAGGCAUCGGUGUUCGUGUUGGCGGGUUCAUGGGUGGCGUUAGUCCAGCUGGUGGCUUGGCUUCCGUUCGCGUCGCUGUCUGCACAAUUGAAAAGGCCAACAAUCUCAUUAAUCGACUAAUUGAGGAGGAGCACCUUUCUGAUCUAGGCAUUGUUGUUGUUGACGAGAUGCAUCUCAUCAGCGAUCAACAUCGUGGCUAUCUUCUGGAACUCCUUCUCACAAAGCUUCUUCUUCAUGGACGUAUGGAGAAAAGUCGGCAGGGAAAUGAAACUCGGAAUAAUCAGUCGGUCGAAGAUCUGCACAUUCAGAUUGUUGGCAUGUCAGCUGCUCUUUCUACCUUACCAGUCCUCGGUUCAUGGCUUGAGGCUGCUAUUUAUACUACCGACUUCCGUCCUAUUCCUCUCACAGAAUUUGUCUACACCAAAGAAAUCGUCUAUCGAGUAAAAGCCGGUGAAGGGGAUGCAUACGAGCGUUUGGAAUCAAUUAACGAAGGGGAAUAUGAUCUUUUCAACGUCCCACGGGAGAGAUUACCGGCCGUGGACAAUGAUGACGGUGUCUUUGAACUCUGUUUCGACACUCUACUGUCCGGUUUUGCAGCUCUUGUUUUUUGCUCCACAAAACAGUGGUGUGAGCAGCUUGCCACGUCGAUGGCUGGACAUAUAUAUCGGUUGGUGAAGCCAUACCUUAAAAUGGAGGACGAAUGGCCUCCAAAGGAACCGAACGAUUAUGGGAGGACACUAAGAAAGCAACUAAACGAGAUUGGUCUCAACGAGUGUUUACAGCAGCUGGAGCGGAGCCCUGCUGGGCUGGAUCCCGUACUUUCGCGAUGUAUCCGAUUCGGCGUUGCAUUCCAUCAUGCUGGUCUCACCAUAGAAGAGCGUGACGUACUAGAGAUGGCCUUCCGCAAGGGUCAUCUUCGCCUCCUUAUUGCCACCUCCACACUGAGCUCGGGCGUCAAUCUCCCGGCACGCCGGGUGAUAAUUCGUACCCCGUUCUUUCAUGGUCAGACACUUGGCUAUCUUGACUACAAGCAGAUGGUCGGUCGGGCGGGCCGCAAGGGCAUCGAUGUACGUGGUGAGAGUGUGCUGCUUUGCAAGUCAAAAGACCUGCCUAAAGUGCGGCAUCUCCUGAGCUGCGGUAUGCCACGUGUCACAUCCUGCUUGCUAACACAAAGCGGAACUCCUGAGUCGAGCUUGCGUAGAGCCCUUCUGGAGGUCAUCGCCAAUGGCAUUGUUGAAAGUGUAUCAGAUGCCAAAGCCUACAUGGAGAGUACUCUUCUCGCAGCUUGUCUCAAAGCUCCUUCUAAUUCCGAGUCAUCACCCAUUUUUCACUCACAACGUCGCUCUCUGAUGAAAGGCAGCUUUCACGAGACUGAUUUCCUUCUCUCCGCCUGUCUGGACGUCCUCCUGGAGAGUGAGUUGAUCCUGAGGCUGCCGGGUGAUGAAGAGGCGCUUAGACCAACACAACUAGGCAGAGCUAUUCUCGCUUCCUCACUUGGACCUGUGGACGGACUGACGGUUUUCACUGAGCUGUCGAGAGCAAGUCGUAGUGUUGCUCUGGACACUGAUCUGCAUUUAGUUUAUUUGGUGACUCCUAUCUACCUCAACCUCGAUAACAACCUGGACUGGUCCCGUUACCUCGAAAUUUAUCAAUCUCUGUCUCUACCGGAGCGGCGUGUGGCUGAGCUUGUUGGCGUGGAGGAGCGCAACCUCAUACGCUGUCUUUCAGGCGCAGCGGUGACCAAGCGGGCCCUGCCACAGAUGCGACGCUUCUAUCUCGCCUUGGCACUCCAUUGCCUCGUGUGCGAGGAUGGAUUGACCGAGGUAGCGGAGCGUUUCGGCAUCAAUCGUGGCCUGCUGCAGAGCCUCAUGCAGCAGGCCUCCACCUAUGCAGGUAUGGUGACGGUGUUCUGCAACCGUCUCGGUUGGAUCCACAUGGAGCGUCUGCUGGAAGGUUUUCAGGUACGCCUCUUCUUUGGUGUAUCCAACGAGCUUCUCGAUCUAAUUCGUCUCUCCCCUCUGCUGAGCACCAAUCGCGCCCGCAUCCUCUACCAGGCUGGCUUCACAUCCAUAGCUUCAGUGUCCAGGGCUCGACCAAAGGAAAUUGAACGGGUGUUGCAGCGAGCAAAUCCCUUUAGUAGUGGUAAGAAUCAGAACGAAAUACGUUCUCCCCGGUUGAUUAUCCUUCCGGACGGUUCUGCCGUUACCGAAAUGGAACUGGCUUCAUUGUUGACGUGUAGAGCGCAAGAAGUGCUUCAGGAUGAUCUUUUCUGCAACUACGGCGUCGACUUGCCUACUAACGUUGCAGUGGCUUCUUUCACACCCUCAGCGAAGCGACGUAAACUCUCGCCUUUAACUUGCACUGAAAUGCGACCUGCUUCACCGCGCCCUGCCAACGUCCAGACACCUAUCACGAAAAGUGUCCUAAAUGGCUACUGCAUCAACGCUCAGACAUCUAUUAGUGCCCGUGAUCUCUCUGCCAUAUCAGCAUUAUCGGUGGGUGAGGAGAUGGUUCAGCUCAACGACACAAUGACUUUCUCGAUGAUGGAGCGAUUUGCUGAGAAUGCCACCGCAGAGUUGACCCUUGAUACCGUCAGCAACGAGGACAUUUUCAGCAGUCAAUUACACAGUUCUUCAAUCUGUGAGGAUUCAAGUAAAAAUGCUGUUCAACCGUCCGUUUUGUUGGAACAAGGAAAAUCAAUUGAUACAUUCACCCGUCGGCCCCUCUUUUCUCUAAUUGAUGUCACAAAGACUCCUCAAUUAUGGGCGACAUUUCAGCGUGAAUUUGAAAGCUUUCUCGAUUCCAACACCGACGCUGAAAUACACUGGCUAGCUGUCCAACCACAUUGGCAAGUUCUGGUAAACCGAGUGGCCUGCAUGAAAGCUGUGAAUAACAAUGCUGGGAUUGUCUGGCACGAUGGCUGCGGUGGGAGACUCGCCCAUGGAAGUGUCUGUUCUGGAGCCUGUCUUCAACUCAUAGGCCUCACACUCUCCUCCUCGCGUUUGCAUCCACAGACUGUUUUCUGGCUCCCUUUUCAUAUUCGAGGCGUGGACGUGUUAAAGGUUCUUAGACGCCUUCUAGCACGUCUCCGGCUUGGACUGAUAGUGUGGGAUUUGAAGUGGUGGCUCCGUGUGUCUACCGAACUUUUAGAUCUUGAUGCUAAUCUAGUGCAGAACUUUCACGAUCCUGGCACUCAAUGUUGGUUGGAGGAUCCGGACUCUGGUAGACCUAGACUUGUGGACGUAGUUCCAGAUGCAUCAGCUACUGUAAAUGACCUCUUUUCCAUGGGUUAUUGCCUUGAUCCACCAACACAGCUGUGCGACUGGAGCAAACUGCAACUGGCCAAUCCUUCCUCCCCACUUCCUUGUGAGUCUUGCGUCCCGCCAACCGUAUUAAACACUGCUGCUCAAUGCUAUCUUCUCUCAUUGGCCCCUCCACCCUCUCCUCCUCCCUUUGCCCUUAAGUUAGAACUGCCAGUGGCCUCGCUACUUGCUAAGUCGGAGUCAUAUGGUUUCGUUCUGAACUACUCCAUUCUCAAUGCAUGUCAGAUUGAAUUGGAAAAGGUUUGUGAUAUGCUUGCUCGGCUUGCCCACACCCUCGUUGGUCGUGCUUUCGACCUCGGCUCUCCACGCGAAGUGGCGGAUAUGGUCUAUAAUCGACUGCACCUCCCAGUUUACACUAAUCUGGCCGCGGAAUUGGCCGCCAGCAAACGCGCAAGGAAAAGUCAUCUUGGCUUUGGGCUGCCUGUACGACUGCGGCAGCUGCCGACGAACAAUCAGACGCUCUGCCAGUUGGUUCAUGCGCAUCCUCUGCCGAGCAUUGUGAUGGAGUGGAGACGUAUUCAUGGAGUGCUGGAGAAGGCAUUCAGUGGAAUUGUCAGAGCUUGCGAGAUGGCUCUGAAUCGGCAUGAGACCUCUCCUACAGAGGUCAGAGUUGGCUGUGUCUACAAAACCUUCACAGCCACCGGACGAGUUGUUUCUACUCGCCCAAACCUGCAGGCUGUUCCAAAGGAGAUCCGUUUCUCGUGGUCCACUCUGCUCCACCGACCUCAGCCACCACCGCAAAACGGUGUCAUCUCCAGCUUGAAAGCACCGGCCAGUGUUGAAUGGCCGCAAGCAAUAGCCGACGUCCUGCGUCCCUUCGUUAAGGAGGCCGAUUUGAUUCUACGUCCACGUUCUGCCUUUGGAGCUGCCAAGGGCUCGGUCCUGGUGUCGGCGGACUUUUGUCAUUUGGAGCUGCGCAUCUUGGUGCAUUUGAGUCAGGAUAGUGUUCUUCUACCAAUGUUACAAUCUACAGGUCAAGAUGUCUUCAAAGUGCUUGCUGCUCAUUGGCUGAAUCGCGAGGACGUCACCUCUGUGACAGAUGAGGAAAGGCAGCAGGCGAAACGGCUCUGCUAUGCUAUCAUCUACGGCAUGGGCGCGAGCAGUCUUGCCUUGCAAAAUGGCAUCACGCCUUCGGAGGCUCAAACUCUAAUUGACAAAUUCAUGGCCUCCUUUCAUGGCAUGGCUGAGUUCAUCCGUCGAACAAUCCGGACGGCUCAUGAGCAGGGUUUUGUUCGAACUCUAGGUGGUCGUCAGCGUAAACUAAGUGGCUUUAAACCGUCAAAGUCUACUUCGAGUCCCUCGAAAUGCCCUUCACCGUAUAAGUCAGCGAACAUUUUGACUGCCAGCCUUCCCAACUCGUGUACUACUGAAAAGGCACGUCCACUAACUUUCAACACCGCUGAACGUCAGGCUGUCAACAGCAUGAUUCAGGGAAGUGCAGCAGAUAUCGUCAAAUUGGCAAUGCGACGGGUUGAGUCGGCCUUGCAGCGUGAGGCAAAUGUGUCCUGCCGAUUGGUGCUCCACCUGCAUGACGAGUUGAUAUAUGAAAUCACACCGGAAACCAGUGUUCCAGAAAUUUGCAAUAUCCUGCGACGCGAAAUGUCCGGAGUGGGUCAAGCAUUUAAAAUGAAGAUCCCACUACCGGUGAAAGUGAAGACUGGAUCCAAUUGGUCGAAUCUCCAAGAGGCUGAAUAA